AUGCGUGUUCGGAAAAUAUCUCGUUUGCAUGAAGAUCUUGUGGAUAUUAUUCGUAAAGUGUCUGAUGUUACUAACAUUAAGAAUAUUGAACAUUUUAUAGUGUUCGGUACAGAAGAAAUAGACUGUUUUCUCGGUGGAGUACAUAAAGUAAAUAUUAAAGGUGUCAGAGAUGGUGUUCUUGUUGAAAUAAGAGUCAUGAUCAAAUGGCAUUCUAAUCCAAUAGAGCGUGAGUGUUUUAGGACAUCCUAUCACAGAGAGUAUGUGUUUUAUGAGAUAGUUGUUCCAAAAAUAAUAGAGCUCCAGAGAAGAUGCAGUAUAAUUGAAGGUUUAAAGAUAAAGUUUCCAAAUUGUGUGCUUGCAAGUAUCGAAUACGAUAAAGAAACUGUUGUAGUAUACAUUGCAAGUGAUUUUGGGGCUUUAGACAGAUUCUACAAAAUGGACUACGCUCAUACUUAUCUAGUAAUUAAGAAUCUAGCCAAACUGCACGCAUUGUCGUUCGCUUUACAAAAACUGUAUCCAGAACAGUUUGAGGUAAUACGUAACUUGUGCGCAAAGGAUAUACAAUACGCUGAUCUGGGAAAGAUACCAACGUGUUUGAUCAGCUAUUUUAAAUCUUCCAUAAAUGUCAUCUCGAAUCCUGAAGCAAAAGCAAAGCUUGAAGAUAUUACUCCGAAUAUUUUAGUGCUGUUGAAUAAAUGCUCCGAACCGGAACCUAAUUAUAGUACGAUUUGUCACGGAGAUUGUUGGAAUAAUAAUGUGAUGUUUAAAUACCAGGGGAAGAGACCAGUGGAUGUCCUGUUUGUUGAUUACCAAUUGGUCCGGUAUGCGUCACCGGCUACAGAUAUAUCUUACUUCCUAUACAUGUCUACAGAUCAACAGUUCCUCGCGGAACACUAUGAUCAAAUACUCGACGUAUAUUUUGGAACCCUAUCAGCUGUUUUGAAACAGUGUAAUUUAAAUGUCGAGGAUAUUUAUCCCAGGAGCGUUUUUCUGAGGCACUUAAGAGAGUAUUCCGUGUUGGGUUUGAUAGAAGCCUUAAUAUCGAUGAAGAUAAUAACAGCCGAAACUGAAGACGCCUUGAAAAUGACUGAAAUGAAAUAUCACGCCGAAGAACCGUGUCAGUACGAAACGCAAAACAAGUCGUUGUACGUGGAAAGGGUUAACGGAGUAGUAGCGGAUUUUUUCAAAAGAAACUAUUCUUUGGAUGCAAUUUUAAAACAAUAA